GUGGAUGUUCAAAGUUAAAUGCAACCCAAAUGGAACUUUUCAAAGAUAUAAAGUUAAAUUAGUUGCCAAGGGAUUAUAACAAGCACCUGGUGGGAACUAUUUUAAAACUUUUAAUUUUGUAGUUAAGUCCACCAAAUUCAAGAUGAUUAUAAGUCUUGUAGUUAGCUAUAAUUGGGAGAUUAGACAGACUGAUGUAAACAAUGUUUACCUUAAUAAUGAUCUAGCUAAACUCGAGGGUUGGUAAACAAGUGUUCAUUAGCCAACAAGAGGGUUUCUUUUGCAGUGGCAGUAUUGGCAAGUAUGUACGUUAGUUACACAAGACUUUGCAUGAUCUCAAACAAGCUCCCAAAGCUUGGUUUAAGAAACUUAUGCCAACUCUAAUUAGUUGGAGGUUCACUGUUUUAGUGGUUGACACAAGUCUCUUUGUAUACAAGGAUGAUCAAAGGAUACUUUAUGUCCUGGUAUAUGUAGAUAACAUUCUUUUUACUGAAAAAAACAAAUCUUUAUUGUCAAUAUUAUAACCCAAUUAAACAACCAGUUUGCACUAAAAAAUCUAGGGCAUUUACACUAGUUUCUUGGUUUUGAAGUGGCUAAAUACCAGAUUGGUCUAUAUUUAUGCCGCCUAUGUAUUCCAAGGAUUUACUUCUUAAGGAUAAUACGCUUGAAUCAAAGCCUUGCCCCACCUCCUUUAACACUGAAACUAAACUUUAUACAAAAAAACAUUGAAACAUUUGGGCAUCAUUCCCUAUAUAGAAGCAUAACAAGAGCCCUUUAGUACCUAACUUUAAUCAAACCUAACAUUGCCUUCUGAGUAAAUGAAUUGAGUCAACUUCUACAAUGCCUAACUCAAUUAUAAUGACAGGCCUUAAAACUUUGGCUUAUGUUUCAAACCUAGCUUUAUAUUGCAACUAAAAAUGUGUUUUUUAUUCUAAUUGAGCAAGCAACAAUCAUGAUUGAAAAUCCAUCACUAGCAACUGUUUGUUUCUUGGUGAAAGUCUUAUUCAGUGGUGUCAAAAGAAGCAAAAGUAGUUGUUUUAUCUUUAACAGAAGCAGAGUAUAGGUCUCCCACUCAUAGUGCAACAAGUUGGCUUGGGUAAAAUUUUUAUACCCUACAAGCAUUUGGUGUGCUAAUAAGAAUGUCAAUGCAUCAAACCUUAUGUUUUAUGCUCGUACAAAACACAUUGAAAUUAAUGUCCACUAUAUCAAAGACCAAGACACUGGCAAGAAUGUUGUUAUUCAAUAUGUACUUAGUGAUCUUCAAAAGAGUGAUAUCCUAACUAAAACUCUACUAACUGAGAAGUUUAAGUACCUUAGAAACAGUCUAAAUGUGUGCACUACCGAAUUAUGUCUAAAUAAGCAAGUCUAACUGUUUAUUGUGCAACUGAUAAACGGAUCUGUCAAUAUAUUAUCCGGAUAGUUCUUUUGAUAAAUUUGUUGUUGGGUUUACCGAUAUUAUUAUUGAUGAUUUAACUGGCUUAAUAGUGUUGAUAAUUCACUCGUUUAUUUGGUUUAUUGGUAAGUUAUUGGGUUAUUGGUACUAGUGAUUUACUGUUUGUUUGAAACUUUACUAUUACCUUUAUUGGUAUCUUUUGGCAGGUUCAUUGGUUGAUUAGUGAGUUGUUCGGCUAUUGAUGAUUUGGUUGUUUGAAGAUUUAUGGGUUUCUUUAUUGGUGGGUUUGGUCGAUUAAUUGAUGUUGAUAACUCACUGGUUAUUGUUGAUUUACUGGUUAUUGGCAAAUUGGUUGUGAUUUAUUAGGUUUCUACUUCUCUAAAGCUACUGUGUUCACACAAUCUUUGAUAACACUCUCUCUCCCUUACAAUUCUCUAGAAAUAUUCCUCUCCCUCUCUCUCUCUCAUCUUUUUAAUUCAAAAUUCUCUUAGAUCUUGGGUUUGUUUAUAUUUUCUUGGUCUCAAAUCCAUGGAUCUGUGACAAUCGAAAGAAGAAAUGUCAGAAGUCAAAAAGCAAAUAUGGUCACUUGAGGGUAUGACCACCCUUGUUACCGACGGAACCAAAGGCAUCGGAUAUGUUAUAGUAGAAGAACUAGUCGGAUUUGGUGCAACAGUGCACACAUGUUCAUGUAACCAAACGGAGUUCGAUGGCAGAAUUCAAGAAUGGAAGAAUAAGGGGUUAAAAGUGAGCGGCUUAGUUUGUGACCUCAAAGUUCGAGCUGAGAGGGAGAAACUAAUGGAAACUGUCUCUUUAAUAUUUGAUGGUGCUGGAACUAGUGUACUUAAGGAAAUCACAGAAUUCACAGCGGAGGAUUUCUCGACUUUAAUGGCUACCAAUUUCGAGUCUGCUUACCAUCUGUCUCAACUUUCGCAUCCCCUCUUAAAAGAAUCUAAAAAUGGAACCAUUGUAUUCAACUCCUCCGUCGCAGGCAUAACUGGUUUACCGUUAUGCUCUAUCUAUGCAUCAACUAAAGGAGCGAUGAAUCAAGUGACAAAUAACUUGGCAUGCGAGUGGGCAAAGGACAAUAUUCGUGUAAAUGCAGUUGCACCAGCGGUGAUCAAAACCUCACUGGUCAAUGCUGUAGAAGGAAAUCCCGGAGGCAAGGAAUUUAUAAGUCGAAUAAUACCUCGUACUCCCAUCUCGCGUGCCGGAGAGCCUAGGGAGGUUUCAGCGGUGGUUGCAUUCCUGUGCUUACCAGCUGCUUCAUAUAUCACUGGCCAAGUUUAUUGCGUUGAUGGAGGAUACACUGUCAAUGGGUUCUAGUCUCUGCUCAGCCCCAAUAAUCGGCUGAGACCGAGCUAUACACCAACCUCUGUCAGUUCAACGAGUUUGAACUGCAAGCCCUGCGACGGAUCUGAAACCUUGACAUUAUUGUUUUGUCCUUUGAUUAAAUAGUGUAAUGUUAUUAUCCACGGGUAAUGUGUUGAUGUGUGUGCAAUUAUAUUUGAGGU